GUUUUACUAGAUUUUCCAAAGCUUUCAAAUACAAUGUCAGGAAGGGGAAAGGGAGGUAAGGGUCUUGGAAAGGGAGGAGCCAAGAGGCACAGGAAGGUCCUAAGGGAUAACAUCCAGGGUAUUACAAAGCCUGCGAUUCGCCGUUUGGCUCGCAGAGGUGGAGUCAAAAGAAUCAGCGGCUUGAUCUAUGAAGAGACCAGAGGGGUAUUGAAGAUCUUCUUAGAGAACGUGAUUCGUGAUGCGGUGACCUACACUGAGCACGCAAGAAGGAAGACUGUCACAGCCAUGGAUGUUGUUUAUGCCUUGAAAAGGCAAGGCAGGACCCUCUAUGGAUUUGGAGGUUAAGUAAAGCAAUCUUCAUGUUUGAUGUAGCUUUGAAAUAUUAAGCUUGUGUUGUCGAAUCAUGGAUAUUGGCUAUAGAUCUUUGCUUUUAUGUAAUUGUAUCGGAUCGUUGUUGAUGCUCCUGCAAUAUUUGAUGUUUUCAAUAUCAUCAAAGGAAUUAGUUCAUCAAA